CAUCAAUGACAAUUAUCUACGGUAUUCGUAACCGAUUACUAUGAACCGAGACUUCUCUCCAUUAUUUCGGCCUUCAGUGUUUGGGUAAAUCCAAAAAGACUACGCUGUCUCUAGACAAGCCUACUGAAAAUGGCCACGUCCCGUGUUUGGCUCAUCACCGGUGCAUCCUCUGGUUUCGGGCUAGAGCUAGCUAAAGUGGCGGCCAGUCGUGGGGAUCGUGUCUUUGCUGCUACCCGAUCUCCGCAAAAGAUCAGUGAUCUGGCCGGCAUUACUGCGGUUCGCCUGGAUCACAACGAGCCUUUACCACAGCUCCAGGCCACGAUCCAUGACAUCAUCAAUAUCCACGGCACGAUCGAUGUGGUCGUCAACAAUGCCGCCUACGUGCAAACCGGCACCGUGGAAGAAAUGACACCAGAGGAAACAUUAAAGCAGUUUCAAGCUAAUACUUUCGGGCCUAUCAAUGUCUACCGCGCCGUGCUGCCACACAUGCGGCAGAAGCGAGCCGGCACCCUUGUCACGAUCGGUUCCAUGGCUGCCUGGUACACCAUGCCAGGGUGCAACAUGUACAACGCCUCCAAGUCGGCGCUGCGGUACCUGACGACGGGCCUUGCAGAAGAGGUCCGAGACUUCGGGAUCCGGCACUGUCUUAUCGAGCCGGGGUUAUUCCGCACCGAGCUCCUAAAGCCCGACGGCAACAUGGCGGCGACCAAUCACGCCACCCGCAUCGCCGACUACGCAGAGCUCAACGCCACGGCCGAGCGCAACUUCGCCGCCUUCGACGGAAACCAGGCCGGCGACCCGGUCAAGGGCGCGAAAAUCAUCUACGAUGUCGUCACGUCUUCUGGUGUGGCCGCCGGUCGCGAAUUUCCAGGGUUCUUGCCGCUGGGCAGUGAUGCAAAUGAGCAGAUUGCGAAGAGUGCGCAGAAGGUGAUUGAUGAUAUGAAGCCGUGGGAGCAUAUUACUCGCCUGAGUGACUUUUAGUUACAACACUGAGUC